ACCUGCCAUCUUCCACUGUGUUCUAGUGUUUGGACCAGACUGAGGCAGGCAGGCAGGCAGGCAGGGCACCCGGGAGAGUAUAGCAGCCCUGCGGAGAGAGAGAGCGAGCGAGCGAGCGAGAGAGAGUGUGUGUGUGUGCAGCUCGUGUUAUUGCUCCACAGUGAGAGUAGUUUCUCAGAGGAGGAGGCAAGAGGAAGAGGGAGAGAGUUCGCCUGUUGUCGUGGUCUCUCCCCUGAGUGGCUGAGGGGUGGCUCUUGGUGACAGGAAACGCAAGGCUGGCGAUGAGACCUGAGCGCUGAGUGGAGUAUGCUGCAGACGAUUUACGAGGGCGAGUCAAGUUUCUCCACAACAGAAGGGCGCGUUGGACACCAGCAGUUCCCCAACCAGAGCAAGAUGCACAACGUGAACAACUCAGUGGAUAUUAAACCGGACGUACCAUUGGCUGUGGAGCCUUUAUCUCCUUUGGACCUGCGCACAGACCUGAGGAUGCUGGGGCCAGGCUCGGACCCAGGACUAUGGGAGAGGCAGCUGCAGCAGGAGCUGCUCCUCAUUCAGAAGCAGCAGCAAAUCCAGAAGCAGCUACUAAUCAGCGAGUUCCAGAAGCAGCACGAGAAGUUGACCCGUCAGCAUCAGGCUCAGCUCCAGGAGCAUCUCAAGCUUCAGCAGGAGCUCCAGGCCAUGAAACAGCAGCAGGAACUUGCGGAGAAGGAGCGUCGUUUGGAGCAGCAGCAGAACCAGCAGGAGAAGGAGCAGGAGAGGCAUCGGCGAGAGCAGCAUGUUUCCAGCCUGAGCCUCCGGGGCAAGGAGCGCUCCCGAGAGAGUCUCACAGGUGCAGUGGCCAGUACCGAGGUGAAGCAGAAACUCCAAGAGUUUCUGUUGAGCAAAUCGGCGAAGGAUCCUGCAAGCAACGGAGUGAAUCACUCUUUCAUCCACCAUCCAAAACUCUGGUACACGACUUCCCACCACACAUCACUGGACCAAAGCUCCCCACCUCUGGGCGGCACAUCCCCCACCUGCCAGUACACUCUGCCGUCACCCAUAGAGAGCAAGGACGACUUCCCCUUGAGGAAGACAGCCUCCGAGCCCAACCUAAAGGUACGAUCCAGACUGAAGCAGAAGGUGGCAGAGAGGAGAAGCAGCCCGAUGCUAAAGAGAAGAGAUGGAAACAUCGUAACUCCCUACAAGAAGAGGGCAUUGGAGCUAAUGGACUCGACGCCCACAAACAGUGCCCCUGGCUCUGGCCCCAGCUCUCCCAUAGGGGCCUCCAGUGCCUUGGGGGCUGAAAACGGACCCUCCUCUCUGCCUACUACCACAAAAACUGAGAGAUGGCCUUCCCAGCCGAGAUUAUUCCGACCAGAGGGCUCCGUGUCCAUGCUGAGCUUAUACACCUCUCCCUCCUUACCCAACAUCUCCUUGGGACUUUCAACUGCAUCCUCACCCAUUAGUGCUGCUAUGGGGUUGAAAGACAGAUCAACAGAAAUAAAGCAUGGGCUGCCCGGGCACCUGCUGGGCCCCGUGCCCCUUCAGACGGGCCUGGAGUCCAAAGUGAGCUCCAGUCACCAGGCUCUGCUCCAACACCUCCUCCAGAAGGAGCAGAUGAGGCAGCAGAAGAUGCUCUCCUCCGGCCAAGGCUCCAUGUCGUCCCACCCUCAGUCCCCUCUGGCCAUGAAGGAUCGCCCCUCCAGCAGUCGCCCCAAACUACCCAAACACCGGCCCUUAAACAGAACCCAGUCGGCGCCGCUGCCCCAGAACACGCUCGCCCAGCUUGUCAUCCAGCAGCAACACCAGCACUUCCUGGAGAAACAGAAACAGUACCAGCAGCAGGUCCACAUAAAUAAGCUGUUGUCCAAGUCCAUCGAGCAGUUACGUCAGCCCAGCGCGCACCUGCAGGAGUCGGAGGAAGAGCAGGAGGAGCAGCAGCAGCAGCACAGGGAGGAGGUGGAGAGCAUGCAGGAGGACAGGCUGCCCCCUGGAGGCGUCAUCCGGAAGCACACGCUCAGCAGUAGCAGCAGCGGCUCAAGCAGCGAGCUGCCAGAGCUGCCGGCUCACUGCGGGGUCAUCAAGGUCAAGGAGGAGCCGGUCGACAGCGAGGACGAGGCUCUCACCAGCCAGAGCUUAGAGUCGGAGCAGAGCACCUAUCUCCACCAGGUCAAAGGAAGGCUGGUGAUAAGAGCCAUGAUCUGAGAAGGGAAGAGGAUGAGAUCACACACUUGCAACAUUCGCUAAUAAACAACAUCUACAUCCCUGCAGUUUACAUAUAUAGAACACACAUACACCACACACACACACACACACACACUGCACAGUAGGCCAGCUCUCCCCGUCACGACAUUCUUCUCACUCAGCUGCAGCCUCACUCGUCCCCCCACACUCUUAAGACUCUCUGUUUGUGAUCUUUGUGUAGUGAUCUCUGUAAAAUAUGUACGUUUCACUCGUGUAAAUAUGAAGACAAUUUAGACCGUUCUUUUUAAGGAGCUGCUUUGGCCAUCUCGAGUCUACUCGCAAAAAAACAAAACCCAACAACAAGUUGUGUGUACAUAUACUGUGGAUUUAGCAUCAGCGAUGAGAAGGGAAGCUCGAGCAUGUGUACAGCUUUCGAAGAGCCACCUUAUGUUCCCGUUGUGUACAUUUAUUUGACUAUCCACUUCAUCUUUGAGAAUUAUCAGUAAGUCCUCACGUUGUGUUAAGGAAUUUAAAACACUACAUGCUCCAUUGUUCUUGAAAAUCUGUGAUGAUGUUCCAUGUUAAAUGAGCAUCUGUCUUAGAGAGAAUGUAUUCUUAAAUCCUAAGAGGAGGACGCUCCCUCACGGCAGACCUUUUUUUUUUAUUCUUUUUUUUUUGCGCUGGGAGUGAUAUUGCCAUUGGAAUAUGGUCCGCUGCUCAUAUUGCAAAUUUGAAGGAUAAAGCACUAAAUCCCUGCUUGGGUGUUGCAGGCAUCCUCCAACACAUCCCAAAGUCUCCGUGUCUCUUUCUCGGAGUCGGUCCCAGAGCCAGGGCCCUCUGCGUUGAGCCGAGGCUCUCCUCCCUCUCUCCCUCUGGGUCCAAAUCAAAAAGCUCGGGCCGAGUUCCUGCCCAGCUUUCAGCAGAGGAGUCAGACAGAGAGAAAAGAGAGAAAGAGAGAGAGGGCCGGGCAGGAAAUGCCUUCUAGAAGCCAGGAGUUGGAGUGAUUCAUGUGUGCAGGAAUGUUGAGAGAGGAGGACCUAGGGUUGGAGGAGUCCAAGGGGCCAGGCUUGAGAAUUGAUUUACUGUCAAAGCGAAUUACAAAGUGAGUGGGGAUAUGGUUAAGGGAGUCCUUUUUUAAAGGGAAUCGCUUCCUUUGUAUUCCCCAGUGGCAUGCUUACCUCAACAUACAGGUUUGAUGUUACUUCAAUAAAAACCCUGGACGGGACCUCGCUUCUUCUUCUUCUUCUUUUUUUUUUUUUUGUAAACCCAUUUUCCCCUAAAAGUGCCCAUUGCGACAUGUAUAGUCUGUCUUAAAGUGAUCAAUCAAAUGUAUUGCAUAGCCGUAAACCUUCCUGUUUCAUUUGUACCGUCGACUAAAUGUAAAAAAAAA